AUGACUAGAAAUCGAGUCGUAGGUCAACAUACUUCCAGCAGAACUGUGUCUGCAGGAAAACAACCGCGAAAUUUUGGUCAACUUCGGCCCCAGACGCAUUGUCAGCGACGUUUGCCGAUGCCGGUCACUCCAACUACUGAAGCUUCUAGUUUGCCAGRCACAGCUAUAACACCUUUGCCAGUUACUCCAGGACCGAGUUCUUCGUCAAGUUCUUUAUCAAGUCCUUCUACAAGUUCAACUCCGCUGAUGGACGURACGAACACGCAUCCCGUAGCCAACAGUGUGGAUCCUGUYGGUCCCGUGGAUCUUCAAAGUUUUGUCGACGAGUCCAGGAAGGCUUUUCAGGAAAUAUUGGGAUUACUUAGUGAUAGAAGCCAUCAGAAGACGGCAAAAACGAGGCGAUUACCCAGAACUUUAACGAGUAAUGUCAGAACCACCAUGAAGAACCUUUAUGGAAACGGGCUUCAUGACUCGUGGAACCUAAAUGAAAGCUUCUGUAGCCCAACAAAUGAGCAAGUUUAUCUGCGAGUCACAGCAGCUGUUCAAAACAUUGAGAAGAUCCCCUCAAAUGUAAUCAGAGAUGCCUUAAGAGUAUACUUCAAAACCAGAAGGAGACAAAAUGCCAUGACAGCAGGGAAGAAAGCCCAGUACUUAAAAGAUCAACGAUUAAGAACCAGAAUAAACCUUAAAAGAACACAAAGGACCAAGUCAUUGCAAGACUCGACUACACUCACAGAAGACCAAAAGGAAAAAUUUAGUGAAGUCCUUACAAACGAAUACAUGUCAUCUGAGGAAUCAGAUGAUGCACCUGAAAUUACAGACUCAGAGGAAGAASARGAGCAAGUUGGAAGUAUUUUAAGUGUAAGAAAGUUGCCAUGGCGAAGCAAUGAAGUAAAUGAACUCUUUACCAGACUGGACAAGAAAACCUCAAAGAAACGGUCCAGAAAGGGCAGAGGAAUGGUUAUCCACAGGGUCCAAAACCCAGUUGCCUCAAAUAGGCYAGCCCCUGAAGAUSCUCCAUUAUGGGCUUUGCAAUAA